GACGCGAUGUCAGUCCGUGAGGAGAGUUCGAAGAAAGUGUUAAAAAUACGACGUCGUUCCGGGGGUCCGCAACCCUACACAAAAAAAAGUGACAAAGUGACACUUGGUAAUGAGAGGAAAAUUACUAAUAAAUAAGUUAAACAUUUUUCAAGUGGAGCAGAAUCUAGGAUAAAAGAAUAAACGUGUAACGUUAAAGAUUUUGAGUGGAAAAGCGAGUCCAAUUUUCCAAAUUUUCACUGGACCCAAAAACUCGAGUGACAUAAUUUUGGCCUCUGUCAACAUGAGAAAAUCGAGAAAAAAAUCGUCGUCGAAAUGUUACGAAAGUGCAGCGUAGCAAAAUCCUGUCGCCGUCGUCGUCGAGCCUCGAUGGAAGGAAAACUAGUUUGAGUUGUGUUGGACUAGUUUCGUGUUCUUCUUCUUCCCGUAUUUCUGCAAUCUCCAAUCGAGUGGAGGAGAAGAGAAAAAAAAACAACAAGGAAAAUUUUCUUUGUUACCCCCCACUUUAGUGUACGACUCGUGCGUGUUUGUGUGAUUUGUGUUUACGUUUUUCCAAACUUCAGUUUCCGGUGUGUUGUUUCUUGAGAUAUUUUAUUGAUCUUUCUUCUUUCUGAAGACUGUGUGUUUUGUGCAUUACUUGACGUUUCAAGUGUUGGGUUAUUAAAUAUUUACGCCCUGCAGGAGCAACACUGUGAAUGGUGACGAACUUGCACCCCCUUAAGAACCUGCUGAAGGAGAAGAAAAGAAGGAAAGCAAACAGAAGAGUGGGAGGAGGAAAAAAGGGGGAGACCAAGUUCGACGACUACCGUCGGAGGAGGAAGUAGAGCUCAUCAUAGGGAUUGCAGGGAGAAAAAAUCGCUAAUAAUGGCCUGGCGGAUGGUGCAAUCGGAGUGAAACCGAGACAAACGGUGACGACCGACGACCACGUCCAUGUAUGUGUGAGUGCACCAGCUUAAAAUCGCGGCCGAAAUCGCGUAACAAGAUCGCAACAACUUUUCGUCGUCGGCAGUGAAGGGGUGAGUGAGUGAAUUGUUGUUGCGGCGGGUUGAUGCAAAGAGAAUGAGCUUUUGAUUUUGUGUACGUGUGCCGCAGUGUAUGUGUGUUGAGCCAGCAAAUUUAUAAAUAAUGUUGAGCGAAAAAUAGUGCAAAGCUUAGCGCAAAAAUAUAAAGUGGUGAGAAGAAUUCUGGCGUGUGACCGCAAAAUAAAGUAAAUAAAGAAGCAAAGUAUAGUGCAACAACGAAGAGAAGAACAUCUAAAGAGGUUGAAGCAGAAGUAAAUAAGAGGAAAAUACUUCAGGAGAAGCAAAAAUAUAGUGCACAGCAUUCAGCUAUUGCUUUGAUGAAUGGUUGGGAAAGAGAGCAAGAGAGUCGGUGAAAAAAAAAAGAGUGGUCGCAAAACAAAGAACUUCGUGGUGAAGUGUGUAAGAAACCGCGGAAUUGCUCUUGGUCUAAUGGAAAAAAGGUGCACCCAUCGUCGGAAUUGCCCUUCAAUGUUACUGCCCCCGAAAGUCCUCACUUUGCUAGGUUAAGGUACGUUACCUCAUCACAAUACCGGUCGUUAUCGGAGCUUCAAACAAAUUGUCAACUCCCGAGACGACGACGUCGAUACCUGCCUGAAAUUCUCAGAAUCCGAGACGAUGCUGGAGUUGGUGCAGCGACAUCUGAAAAACAACUCCAACAAACAGAUUCACACGGCACCAGCUGUUGGGUCUGCCAAAUAGCAGCCACUACUGUGAAAAGCUCCUCUGAACCGUAACGCAAACAAACACAAGAGAGAAAUACCAGGAGCCAAAAUAAAGGCAGAAAAGCGCGACCCAAAACGUGACUUUGAAAGCAAAUGAAGAUGACCACGUCCAGCUCGGCAAAUGACGGCGGAACGGCCAACAGCCACGCGCACCGCAAAGCAGGACACAGACGCAACGAAUCGAUGUACGCGAUGACGGGCCUGUACGCGGAGGCCCAAACCGACGACAGCAGCGCGGACAUCCCCCAGGACACGGAGGAGUGCGAAUCGCUGCCGGUGUCGGUCAACACGACGACCACGGCCACGACGGCCGCCACCGCCGACGUCGUCAUCAAGUGCCACAGCCGGCAGUCGUCGAACGCCAACAAUGGCGUCACGAUGCCGGACAAGCCGUCCCAGCUGCCGAACGUGCUGCUGGUCAACGAGGACUACUCGCGGGACUGCGGCAUCCUGAGCUGUCGACCCGGCGCGGUUCAGAAGUUUGCCCGGAUUAAGGUGUUUGUGCUGUUGCUGUCGAUUCUGGUGACGCUGCAGCAGGCGCUCAGUUCGGGGUACAUUAAUUCGGUCAUCACGACGAUCGAGAAGCGGUUCGAGAUACCGUCGAGCUUGUCCGGGUUGGUGGCGUCCAGCUACGAGAUCGGAAACGUCAUUACGGUGAUCUUCGUGAGCUAUUUGGGCAGUCGGAGACACAUCCCGGUGUGGAUUGGGAUCGGUGCCGUCAUCAUGGGCAUCGGUUCGCUGGUGUUUAUGGUUCCUCACUUUACCGGAGAGCCCAAUCCGGGCAUCCUGAUCGACAACAAAACGGCGGACAACAUCUGCCGGUUGGUGUCGGUGCGGGAGCAGGACAUGGGCCUGGGACGGUUGUCGAAUAGUUUGUCUAAUCAACCGCUGACUACGCAUAACUUGAGAAACGACAACUGCCUCAAGGGCAAGGCGUCCACCUUCGGACCGGUGAUACUGUUUGUGAUAGCGCAGAUCCUGCUGGGCGGCGGCGGAAGUCCGCUGUUUACGCUCGGCACCACCUACGUGGACGACCACGUGCGCAAGGAAAGUUCCUCGAUGUACAUUGGGGCAAUGUACAGUAUGGCUGCCUUUGGGCCCGUGUUGGGCUUCCUGCUCGGGGCGUAUCUGCUGUCGUUCCACAUGGAUUCGUUCUCCGGAAGCGACAUCAAUAUAGAUCCCGACGACCGGCGGUGGGUCGGCAUGUGGUGGGGCGGCUUCCUCGUGUGUGGCAUCCUGCUCAUACUGGUGGCCAUUCCGUUUUUCUCCUUUCCCAAGGUCCUGACGAGGGAAAAGAAGAAAAUCCGUAUCGCCGAACAGAAGCUGCCCCAGCUGCAGCAACUGUCGGCCAACAAUUCGAGCAGUUUGCCGAGGACGACGCAACCGACUGCGUCGGAAUCUGGGAAUUUCCAGCAGCAUCAGCAGCAGCAGGGUCAGAAGGAACCUCAAGGGGCGAAGACGAACGAGGAUUCCGGCUAUGGCAAGGAUAUCAAGGACAUUCCCCUGUCCAUGUGGCGGCUGGUGUCCAAUCCGGUGUACAUCGUGACCUGUCUGGGGGCGUGUAUGGAGUUGAUGAUCGUGUCCGGAUUCGUGGUGUUCCUGCCAAAGUACCUCGAGACCCAGUUCAGUCUGGGCAAGAGUCAGGCCAGUGUCUUCACGGGGUCGAUCGCCGUUCCGGGCGCUUGCAUCGGAAUUUUUGUCGGUGGUUGCAUCCUGAAGCGGUUUCAGCUAAAGCCGAAGGGGGCCGUCCAGUUCGUGCUGGUCUCCAACUUGAUCUGUUUGGCUUGUUACGGGCUGUUGUUCUUCUUGGGUUGCGAGAAUCUCAAAAUGGCCGGCACGACGAUACCGUACUAUAACAGUUCUCCGGCGCAGCACAACGUGGAACCGUUCCAGGUGAACCUGACGGCGGCGUGCAACUUUGGCUGCGAGUGUCACAUGUUCGACGUGGAGCCGGUCUGCGGCAACAACGGGUUGACGUACUUUAGUCCGUGUCACGCCGGAUGUACGGCGUUCUCGUCCGGAUCGAACUACACCAACUGUGCUUGCGUUCAAACGAACGUAACCAACGUGUACACGGGAGCGGAGGGUGCUCAAGCUCAGGCACUGAACGCCCACCAGGACUUUGCCGAAGUCACGGUGGUUCCGGUGGCCACGGCCGGCGUGUGUAACAAGCCCUGUCGUACGAUCUACCCCUUCCUAAUACUGCUGUUCUUUAUGACGUUCGUCGUUGCCUCCACGCAGAUGCCUUUGUUGAUGAUUGUGCUGAGAUCGGUCUCGGAGGAGGAGCGCUCGUUCGCGCUCGGCAUGCAGUUCGUGAUCUUUCGGCUGUUUGGGUACAUCCCGGCGCCGAUCGUGUUCGGCAACCUGAUCGACUCGACCUGCAUGCUGUGGAAGUCGACGUGCGGUGAGAAGGGCGGCCGCUGCCUGAUCUACGACAUCGAGGCGUUCCGCUUCAAGUAUGUUGGCCUUUGCGCGAGCAUCAAGAUAAUCGCCCUGGCGAUCUUCAUAAUCGACUGGUGGCUUGUGCGACGGCGGAAGAAUCUGGACCAGCUGAAUCCGAUGUCGGCUAACGAGCUGGUUGGAUCGAUCAUCAGCUUGGAUAAGUUGUUCGAGGAAAAAGCCAACCUGGAAGGCCAGGCCGUGCCCUUCAACGGCGAGUGCAUCUCGGGCGAUUCCAUCGUGGACACCAACAGCAAGCGAGUGCUGAUCGCCAGCCGGCACCUGCGCAACGAUUCCAAAUCGAUCCAGCUGGAGUACAGGUACGACGACGAUACCGUGCGGCACCAGUACCAGCGGCCGCGGAAGCACAUCCGCAGCAAUUCCUGUGAUAUCAAGAUCCAGCGGUCGAACUCGGCGACGAACCGCGAGUCCGACUUCCACGACUGGAAGCUGAAGCGGUUCAUGCGGCACCACACGCGGAACAACUCGCGCGACCUGGACCAGGAGCACUGCUGUCGGCAGCAGCAGCAGCUUCAACAGCAGCAAUCCGGCGGUUCGCAGCUGGGUCGGUGGAUCGCGCUGCACAAUAACGAGCAGCCGACGUCCAAUAUCAAGUACAUCUUGAACCACUUGAAGAACAACAACGUGGACGGGCACAGCAAGCUGAACUACAGCAAUAGCUGUAGCAACGGAGCCGGCUGUGGUGGGAUCAAGAAGAAACGACACACGAGAAACUACUCAUAUGGACAGGAGUUCUCGUUCCUGCCGAACAAUGUGAUCAUCCGGCUGGACAACGACAUUGCCAACAAGUUCCUGGCGAACAACGGCGGUGCGAGCACUUCGCGAAAGAGCUCGUUCUCGCACGACGUCAACCUACUGAAGAACGUGAACAAGCUGAACAACUGUUCAACGGGAGUGGUGAUUGGCGGAGGAGUCGCCAAGAAUACCAACGACCUGAACGAAGAGCUGGAAUCUAAGUACGCGAAGGGAUCGUCCCACAGUUACGGUCACUCGCGCAACAAUUCCAAAGAUCUGAACCUGUUGAAUCUCCAGGAGGAGGAGUCCACCGCCAGUGGCAGCGGCAUCCUGGGAGGGAUCAAAGCGUUGAUCGACGACUCGAACAGCAUCCUGCGGCACCGGCGGACCAACUCCAAGGAUCUGAAGUACAUCGGCGGCUACCAGCCGUGCGAACCAAUCAGCAGCGCCAGCAGUUGUAGCGUAAGUAGUAACAAUAUCCGAAAGCUGUCCGGAGGACAUUUGCACCCGCUGGCGUUGACCACGACCACGGGAAGCGGCCCUACGGAGUCCCUCCAGCUGCUGCUGGACAAGUCCAGUCUCCUCGAUGAACAAAGCGCGGAAAGUUCCACUAAUGGCGGAGGUGGAUCGACGUCCACCAACGUUUAGCCGCCUGAUCUGGUCUGUCCACUUCCGAUCGACUAUCUCGCGAGCCCAAGAUCUGCUGCAAAAUUUGCCAUUCCCCCUGCUCUAGUUUCCUUCCUCACGUAGCAGAGUUUAAUUCCGUACUAUAAUGUCUUGUAACAAGUUGGUAGAACGCCCGCUCGCAAUGGUUUCAAAGACACAGUUAGAUCAGCUUGCGAACAAAAA